GUCAUACUCUUCCAGCAUGGGCAUGAGCAGCCUGAAAUUGCUGAAAUAUGUCCUCUUUAUUUUUAACUUGCUCUUUUGGGUCUGUGGCUGCUGCAUUUUGGGUUUUGGUAUCUACCUCUUGGUCCAAAACACCUAUGGAGUGCUCUUCCGUAACCUUCCCUUCCUGACACUGGGCAAUGUACUCGUCAUCGUGGGUUCCAUUAUCAUGGUAGUUGCCUUCUUGGGCUGCAUGGGCUCAAUCAAGGAAAACAAGUGCCUGCUUAUGUCGUUCUUUGUUCUGCUGAUGAUUAUUCUCCUUGCUGAGGUGGCCUUAGCCAUCCUGCUCUUUGUGUAUGAGCAAAAGCUGAGCAACUUAGUGGCUGAGGGCCUGAAUGACAGCAUUCAACAUUAUCACACGGACAAUAGCACCAUGGCAGCCUGGGACUUCAUCCAGUCACAUCUGCAUUGCUGUGGUGUAAAUAGCUCAAGUGAUUGGACUGGUGGUCCACCGUCUUCGUGCCCAACAGGUGCAGAUGUUCAGGGUUGCUACAAUAAAGCAAAACAGUGGUUUCACUCCAAUUUCUUAUAUAUUGGAAUCAUUACCAUCUGUGUAUGUGUGAUACAGGUGCUGGGAAUGUCCUUUGCUCUGACACUGAACUGCCAGAUUGACAAAACCAGCCAGGCCUUAGGGCUCUGACUUGCAACUGCCCUGAGCUUAAAAGACUUAUUUCUCUCUGGAAAUCCAAAACACCCAUAGCAUGAGGUCCCAAACAGUCACCUGCCUGCCUGGUAUUUUGUUUCCUCUUAUCUCUCCCUUGAGUGAGUUCCUGCCUUAUAUACCCAAGGAAGAGAAUAUUGGUCAUGAACUUCCCAUCUCAAGCAGAAGAAAAUCAUUCACCGCCUGAUAGCAGUAACCAUAUCUCUUAAAGAUGGGGAGACAUAACUGGGUGAAUUUUUUGGACAUGAGAGGCCAAGAGAAUCUGUAGCUCUUGUGACCUAAGAUCCAGGGAUGGCUUCCGGUAUGGAUAUAGCUCAGAAUACUGACCAAACAUAUGUGAGCCCCUGAAUUUAGCCCUGAGUACUACAAGAUAGGCCCAAGUUUAAGUGUUAGAUUCUUAACAAUUGUCAAACCAGUCUCUAGCCUCUGAAUCAUAUUUUCACUCUGUAAGAGACAUGC